AUGCCGGUGGUGCUUGAGGUGCAGAUGGGGCGCCACUUUUUUGUGGAUCCGCCAAAUUGCUAUGCCACGUUUACCUAUGAAGGCAAGGAAUUUCGCACAGAGACACAUCAUGGAGCAACGAAUCCGAAGUGGCCAAAACACAAAUGUGAACUUGGUUAUGAAGGAAAACCUAUUGAAAUUGAGUUUGCAGUGAUGCAGCGAAAGAGUCGAGAAGAACAGGUCAGGAUUGCUUCAGUGACGAUCAAGUGGGAAAACUUGGUCCCUGGCCUACGGAAGGUGGACGACUAUGACGUCAUAGCUGAAGCGGAGGGUGUCCGUGACACAGCAGCCAUUCGUGUGGCGGCCACGUUGAUCCCCGAGGGCAUCACUGGAUCGCCGCAAGAACAACGAGAGAAUGGACCCCGACGGAAAGCCCUUUUCGUGGGCGUUUGCUAUGCUGGCACGUCUUCGUUUCUGGAAAUGUGUCAUGAGGAUGCUUGGAAAAUGAAGGAUUUCUUCUGUGAGCACUACGGCUUCAUCGAUGCACCCGAGACCAUAAAGGUACUGAUGGAUGCUGAGAACACACCAGAAAGUGAGAGACCUACCAAGGAGAACAUCAAAGCGGGAAUCAAGUGGUUGGUAGAUGAAGCCGUUGCAGGAGACAGCCUUCUCUUUUACUAUAGUGGACAUGGCUCUCGAGUACCUAACACCAAUGACAGGGAAAAAGAUGGCUUUGAUGAGGCCUUGUGUCCAGUGGAUAUGGAAGAGAAUGGAUUGUUGGUUGAUGAUGAGCUGAAUGAAAUCUUGGUGCAGCCGUUACCUGCGGGUGUGCGUUUGACGUGUUUCCUGGAUGCAUGUCAUAGUGGAACCGGGAUGGAUCUCCCUUACCAUUGGCAACCCUCUACGGAGGGGACUGAGUGGCAAUUGGAUCAGGGUGGCUACUAUUCUGAAGCCGAUGUGAUUUGUGUGAGCGCAGCGGCUGAUGAUGAAACUGCCAAGAACAUCCCCGCGUUGGCUCGGAAGCGUCCGGACCAUCCGGCAGGGGCCUUCGCGGGUGCUCUUUUAGUGGCCUGCGAAGUACAUGAGAAGCAAUGCACGCAGAAUUGGAAAGAGAUGUUGACAGUCAUCAUGCACGUAUGCAAAGACUUUCGCUAUGGGCAAAGUGUACAACUUUCGAGCUCUCAGAACUUUGACCUCACUCGAGAGUUCAAUCUUCAUGACAACAUUCCGAACAGCAACGAGAGGAUUGGCCCUGUGACGGAAGGCAACGGAAAGCUGGUCGGGGAGGGCUUUGCGUUUUGGAGCCCACCACCACCGGAAAAUCCAUUGUUUGCCGGCAUGAGUCCAGAAGAGAAGUUGCGUAUCAUGGCAGCGCAUGGGGGUCAAGCCAGCGCCAUGCUUCUGGCCCAGCUAGAAGCAUUAAAGGCGAUGAAUCCAGGGGUGCAGUAG